GGACUGCAGGGGCCUGAGCCGCUGCUGCCGCCGCCGCUGCCCCUGUCGCGCCGCAGCCCCAUAUCAACUCACGGGGGCCCUGUCACCACAGCUGCCGAAAAGUCGCCAUCGCUAGGGUCACCACCGCAUCGGUGCAGGGCAAGAUGGCGUCCGCCACAGACUCACGCUAUGGGCAGAAGGAGUCCUCGGACCAGAACUUCGACUACAUGUUCAAGAUCCUCAUCAUUGGCAACAGCAGCGUGGGCAAGACGUCUUUCCUAUUCCGCUAUGCAGACGAUUCCUUCACGCCUGCUUUUGUCAGCACUGUGGGCAUAGACUUCAAGGUCAAGACCAUCUACCGCAACGACAAGAGGAUCAAGCUGCAGAUCUGGGACACAGCAGGGCAAGAGCGAUACCGGACCAUCACCACGGCCUACUACCGGGGUGCCAUGGGCUUUAUCCUCAUGUAUGACAUUACCAAUGAGGAGUCCUUCAACGCCGUGCAGGACUGGUCGACCCAGAUCAAGACCUACUCAUGGGACAAUGCCCAGGUGCUGCUGGUGGGGAACAAGUGUGACAUGGAAGAUGAACGGGUGGUGUCGUCGGAACGUGGCCGGCAGUUGGCUGACCACCUUGGCUUUGAGUUCUUUGAGGCAAGCGCCAAGGACAACAUUAAUGUCAAGCAGACCUUUGAGCGCCUGGUGGACGUCAUCUGUGAGAAGAUGUCCGAGUCAUUGGACACGGCCGACCCUGCAGUCACGGGUGCCAAGCAGGGCCCACAGCUCACGGACCAGCAGGCGCCUCCGCACCAGGACUGCGCCUGCUGAGAGCUGCCCUGCCCCCACCCCCGCCCUCCCCACCCCCCCCCCGGGCCUGAUCCAGCCCCCACUUGGCCGAGGGCGCGAGACCUCUGCCCCCACUUGGCCCCUCACCCUUAUUUAUUAUUGUAGUUAUUUAUUUAUUUAUUGGAGAUGUCCCCCAGGGGCACGGGCUCCCUGCCCAUCCCACGUCCCACCCUGUACAUACAGCCCUGUCCCCACUCUGCCGUGGCGUGUCGUGGCCCUGUGAACUCACCGCUUCCCCUCCUCUCAAGACCCCACCUUUUUUAAAAUUCACCCCCCAUCGAGAGUUACUGGUUUUGAAGAGGGGGCCCGAUGACACCCCAGGGCAGGCUCAUUGGGUGAUGGGAGGUAGUCUGGUUGGCCAGCCUCUUGGCUGUGACUCGCUGGGCCAAGGCCACUCUGGGGGGGGGGGGGUCUCAGCAUGGACCAUGGGGUGGAUCAGAGCCAGGCAGUGACCCACCUGGCUCCUCACCCCCAAAGUUUUACCCUUUUUUAGAGGUGAGGGCUGCUGUGGGUACUCGCCACCCUGGGACCCCCCCGAAACACCAGACCUGCUCGGACGUCAUGAGUGUCAAACGUGCCCCUCGGAUCCCCAGGAGAUGUCAUGACCACACUACACACACCCAAUAAAGUGAAUGGAUGACGCCA